AAGAAAAAGAACAAAAACGGCCUAUUAUUUUCCAAAAGAAGCAUCUGUAGACUGUACAUAAUCUUAAUAUAUAUGCAUACUACGUGACAUUAUCCUGCAACAGAUCAUUAAAGACAACUUAAAAACCCACAAAAUUUCUCGUGAGAUUGUCUAUCAUAAUGGGGUACAUGCAGUACUCCAUUUACGAGGCGGCCCUAGAAGGAGAUACAAGCGUGUUAGAAGAUGCCGCUAUUGCAGAAAGAGGGGAGGCUGAAUACCUGUUAUUGACGCCUCAUCCAGGGAACAAUCUUCUCCACAUAGCAGCUCGGCAUGGUCACUUAGCAUUUAUCAGAAAAGCUGUCGCUCGGUUUCCGGAUCUUCUCCGUGGGAAGAAUGAAUAUGAUAACACACCCCUCCAUGAGGCUGCAAAGGUGGGAACUAAGGAAAAUGUUGAGCUCCUUAUUUCCCACCUACAAAAAAAUGAAUUUACUAGAAGUAUUAAACGGAAAAAAACUACUACUACGGCUAUACCGCCAUAUGUAUUGGAGAGGAAUAGGGAUGGAGAUACGCCAUUUCAUGUUGCACUUAGAUUCCACAACUUGGCUGCAGCUGAGGUGUUGUUUGGAGAAGCUACAACGGAAAUCUUGGUAGUCGAGAGCAAUUCAGGGGAGACUCCCAUGCAUCUUUAUGUCCGAUGUUGCCCUGAUCUUCCCCGGCCAGUUGAGGAGAAGCAAAAACUUAUUGAUAUAAUGAUGAGAGCAAAUCCUUGGACAAUCUUCAAACCUGAUUCAAACGGGUUAAGCCCUCUAAUGAGAGCUGCUGGGUACGGUCGUGUCCAUUUAAUCUUGAACAUUUGUAACACUUACAAACAGUCAUUACACUAUCGUGACUCGAAAGAAAGAAGCUUCUUGCACUACUUGAGGCUACAAAUGGGUGAUUUGAAUGCAAGAGACAGAGAUAAUACUCUUUGGAUUUGUGAGAAGAUUCUACAAGUGGAUGGAGUUGAUACUCUAACAUUCUCAUCAUGUGACGAAGAUGGAAAUACACCAUUACAUUCGGCCAUUUUGGAUCGAGAUUUUGAGCUCACAGAAUUGAUCCUUAAACAUUGUGUCAAGGCUCGAAGAAAGAAGCGGAAAUUGGAGUUGAUUGUGAACAUUAAGAAUAAUGAGGGGAAGACGGCCUUUGACUUAAUUUCAUCAUUCGGAGAAGUAAAUUCUGAAAACCAGCUCGGAUCACUUAAAAAUCUGAUGGAACAAGCUAGUAUAGGAACAGAAAUGGACGAGGAGUUGUACGAGGCAGCUAAAAAUAAGGAUGUGAAUAUGUUGAGCAGACAAGAUAAAGAUGAUGACUAUUUUCUUUCUCGAAACAAUGCUGGAAGCAAUAUCAUUCACAUAGCUCUACAAAAUGAUAAAGGAUUCAUAGAUGGGCAAAGCAAAUGCAUUGUAUCAUUCAUUAAAGAAGCUAUGGAAAGAUUUCCAACUCUUAUGUACGAGAAAGACUUUAAUGGUGAUACCCCAUUGCACAUUGCUGCUAAGAUUCAGCUUGCGAUAAACUAUAUCUGGGAAAUAGCGAUUGAGCAUUGGCGUAAGAACAAUAAGCUUCGUCUUGCGCCGCCAUGGAAACUCAAAAAUUCAAGAGGCCAAACGCCGCUUCACGAAGCCGCACAUACUAGUUUAACACAACUUUCAGCUUUAUACGAUCAUGUUCCUCCAGAAGCACUCUCAGAUGUAAAUGAUGAGAGUGAAAAUGUCUAUCAUUUAAUUGCAAGACACUCAGAUCUUCCUGAUACACAUCCUGUGUUCGUUAGAGAUGCUGCGUACAUGCGUGAUGUAGAAGGGUUAACUCCAGCUUCAAGAGCAGCACAAAUUGGUCAGCUUGUUUUACUUAAGGGGCUUUUUCAUGAUCAUGCUCAAUCAUCAUACAUCAGAGAUUACAAAGGCAGAACAAUGUUACACCAUCUAGCAACUUCUGACAUUAAACAUCGCGCGGUAGAGUUACCCUCGUUGUUAGCCAAUGAUUUGCACAACCUCUUGUUCAUGCAAGAUGAUGAUGGAAACACACCAUUACAUCUUGCCAUCAUUCAUCAGAACUUUGAACUUGCACAGUUUUAUAUCAAAGAGUUUGCUAAGGUAGCAAAAUCACUGAGGGAUACCAGCACAUUGCACUAUAAGAUGGAGAUUUUAAUGCAGAAUAUGGGUAGCAAAGAUGGAAAGUCAAUCAAGGACUUAAUUGAAUGUGGAACAGACAUUCCUAGAAACCUGAAGAAACUGAUAGAACCAGAUGCAGGAAGACCUAAAUUGGAUGACCAGGUUUAUAAGGCAGCUGCAACAGGACAAAGUUAUGUGCUUCUGAAUAUGGUUGAUGAAGAACUUAUUAGGCAAUGUGAGUUGCAUACCCAUGAUGGUAGUAAUAUCAUUCACAUUGCCCUUCGACAUCAUCGUAUCGACUUCAUCAAGGAUGUAUUUGCAAAGUAUGUAUCUAUGAAGUAUUCAUCUAAGGACUAUAGAUCGAUUUUCGAGUUUCUCUAUAAGAAAGACUCCAGAGGAGAUACGCCUUUACACAUUGCUGCAGGGCUUCAAAAUUCUGUAGCAUUCGAGUUUUUUAUGUUGUGUCUCUAUGCUUACAAUAUAACCCGAUUUUUCUAUAUUCAUUCCCUGCCGCCGUGGACUGUGAGAAAUUCAAAAGGAAAUACAUUCCAACAUGAAGCAGCACGGUCGUGUACUUACGACGUCAUGUCUUUACCAUCUAAUGUUUCUCCUUACAUUCUCGAGGUUGUCAAUAACCUUGAUGAGACUGUUCUUCAUGUUAUAGCAAAAUAUGCCACUUAUGCCGCCGCAAAGGAUUUCCUAGAAAAACAUUCGAAACACAUGAAGUCUCUUGUCUACGUACGUGAUUGGGAGGGCUUCACUCCCGUUUUAAGAGCAGUGCAAUUUGGCCGACUAGGGAUGGCUAGAUUUCUUAUUCAACAGCACCCUGGAUCAGUUGAUAUUUCAGACAAUAGAGGUAGAACUGUUUUGCACCAUUUGAAGGAUUUGGUGGCAGACCUUGUUGAUGACUUUAAAGACAUAUUACCAGUUUGGAAGGAUUUUUUAAAACCUUCAGAAGUUGAUAAGCUCAGAACAGCUCAAGAUGAUGACGGCAAUACACCUUUGCACUUAGCCAUUAUGAAUGCCGAGUUUACUAAAACAAAAUUUUUCAUAGAGCUAUGUCUCCAGUCAGAAACCAAAAGAGAAUUGGACAUCGUCAACAAUGAUGGUCACUCGAUUUUUGAUCUACUCUCAUCAAAAGCCACUCAUAUACCAAUCAUGAAAGAAUUGGAACCAAUGGUAAACAGAAGUUAUAUCAAAGAGAGAGACUUAAUUGAUGAGAUGAUGGAUGAAACAGUAUAUAAGGCAGCAAUAAAAGGGGAAAUUCAAAUAUUCAGCAAAGUUCCAAACGAUGUAGAAACUGGACUUGUUGAUAUAGCUCAGUUUACUCGUCAAACACCAGGUGGAAGCAAUAUAGUUCAUAUUGCCUUAAGACAUGGGACCUCAAACGUAGAGAAAUUUGUUGAGAUUGCUCUACGAGAUUUCCCUAUUCUUAGCAUGCGACCAGAUAGCAACGGAGACACGCCGCUUCAUCUCGCUGCGAAGUCGAAGAGUGAGGUUCUACUAAAAUUACUAAUACAAGCAUCCAAAACUUUUCUGAAUAAACUGGAUGAUCAAGGUAGAACUUUUCAUGUUGCACCAUGGGCGGUAAAAAAUUACAAAGGCAGUUUUCCGAUUCACGAGGCGUUGCAGGCUGAUAACUUGAUUGCUGCUAAAGCUUUGCUAAUUUGCGACAAUGAGGCCUCUUCUCGUGUUAAUGAUUUAGGAGAGACUCCACUCCAUGCUUUUGCCAAAAAUGGUUUUUCGUCUGAUGAUGUUGAAACAAACGAAUUUGUUAAAAAAUUGAUUGCCUUAAACAAUCAAGCAGCAUAUAAGCGAGAUGAUGAAGGCCUCACACCGCUACUAAGUGCAGCAAGAUCAGGUCGUUUUCAAGUUGCACGAAGUAUACUUAAAAUUUGCCCUCAAUCAGCAUACUUGCGAGAUCUAGGGGGCAGGACCUUUUUGCAUCUCUUGCAUUUUACAGGUGAUGAUAUUGAUGAAAGUUUGGAUGGGACUUUUAAAAGCGCGGGAAAGCAGUUAUUUGAUAUCCCUGAAGCAGAUGCACAGAGAUUGGUGCAAGAUUAUGAGGGGAAUACACCCCUACAUUAUGCUAUUAAGACUCACAAUUCUAUCGUUGCAAUCGUAUUAACUCAAAGGUGUUUAGAAGAUGAAAACCAAAGAGAACUUGGAUUGUUGAAUAAAGAGGGUCAGGCAAUUCCAGAUUUACUUGCAUCGCAUGAUGUUCCUAACGAGAUUAUAGAGCUGUUCCGGAAGAAAGUGCCGAAGGCAGUUUACUUAGCCAGAAGUUCUUAUGGUAUUCGUAAAACGGAAAUGAAAGAGUCGGCCAAUGCUCUCUCCGUGGUUGCUGGCUUGUUGGCAACCAUAACUUUUGCAGCCGCAUUUCAAGUUCCUGGUGGAUUUGAUGGUGAUGAUGGUUCCCCUAUCCUUCUGAAAAAGCCAGCAUUCGUUGUUUUCGUUGUGGCAAAUACCAUUGCAAUGUGUUGCUCUAUGCUUUGCCUAUUUUUACUCCUUUGGGUAAUGGGUAUUGGUAAAAUUCACGGCUCACUCAUGGUAUUAGAUAUCUCUAUAAUCCUGCUUCGAUUAUCAUUCUACCUCACACUGCUGGCUUUCACAAUGGGCGUGUUUGUGAAUACUGUGAAAAAGAAUUUAUGGUUGGCUAUCUUGGUCUGUGUACUCUCCUUUCUUACAUUCCUUCUCACGUGGAAAAAUUUCAUCCAGCUAGUCACUCAAUAUGGAACGCGCGCUAUUACUACAAUAAAGAAGUUUGAAAAAAUUGUGAAGUCAUCCAUAGCCAAGUGCAUGAAUACAAGGUUAAGACAACAACAUUUAAGUCUAUCUCGAGCUGAUACAGAAGAGGCAAAUGCAGCAAACCAGUGAACAAUAAGUAAGAAGAUUAAUGCAACUAAUUUGUAAGGUUUGUAUGUUCUACUAUUGGAUAUUGCAAAUAAUUUGGGCCAUUUGCGGCAACAUGGUUCACAUAUGUUGAGAAUUGAUUCAAAUUCUUGGCCAUUAACUAUGAUUGGUCUUCUCCCAGUUACAAAAUUUAAGGUGUUUUGUAAGAAGUUAUUUUGGUUGAUGUUUAUUGCAGUCAUUAGUGAGUGGCAUUCCAAAUUCCUAGCUAAGUCAGUUUUGUUUUUCAAGUCUUAUAAAAGGUCGUGAUUGUAAUCAGUUUUGGUGUGUGAGUGAAUAAAAUACAGCCUUCACAUAAA